CCCUGUCUUGUGUGUUGUCGCGGUAAAUUUACAGGAGCCACGCGGUUAGAAAGGAUGCGUUAACCACAUGAAUUUCUGCCUUUGAGAAUAGUUAGUUGCAGUCGAUAGAGUUAUGGCUAAUUACCAUAUGAAGCGAAUUAAUUAUAAACGAUGCUUGUUAAUAGUUUGACAAACAGACGACAAAUUUAGUCACGGUAAUAUCAACGUGUGGAUACCAAAGAACGACAUGCCCUGACUUGUCCCGCAUGGUGGCUAGGCCAGUCAAAUGAACUGCGUUUUUACAAACAUCAUCAUGGAUAACGUUAACGAUUUCCCCUGCCAACUCUUCAGUUGUUUUUUCAACGACGGUCCUCCUGAUGCUAAACGUGGUGGGAAUGUUGGAGGCUGGAGAUUUUACAACCAUGUGAUCGGACGUGAGGAUCAUCGGUCUGUACAAUGGCAGGCGCAAAAUGAAGUCAAGGGAGAGCGGUGGUUGGCCACACAACCGCUUGUAUUGCCUCUGCUGCCACCUAACGAAGCUCAUAUCUACUCAUCUGGCCUCCACGCCAAAACAGAGCCUAUGGACUUCCUUAAACAUAUGCAGAAUUUUUACCAGGAUCAUUCCACAUAUGCCUUUCAAUCUAUGAGCCACCUCCUUUUGGAGUCCUUUUAUCCUGAAAAGAGACAUAGACAGACAUAUGAAUUCCUGCGGUGGAGGCGGACCGUUUUGAGAGACCUCAAGUAUACUGCAUGCCCUGUGUCAACUACACGGAUGAGGACUCAGUGUUAUGACAAUGUUUUUGGGCAUGACCUCCAUGACAUUCCUCCUCCUCUCCUGGCUGAGCUGCUUCAUGAGGAGUUGGUGCAUCAGGGAGAGCAGGAGGAGCUUCAAGAGGUGGCCACCGGGGGCGCUCUGAGCUGCAUUUCCUUGUCAGAUUCAAACGACCCUCAAGAGGUCUGUCUCAUCUAUCCCAGUAAUCCAGGCCUCCAAACACUCAACUUCCACAAGGUGGAGCUGAAGUCAAGCAGGGCUGAAUCGCCACAGCUACAGCUAAGAGGUCAGCCCAUUGUCUUUGACCUGACUGGCCCCAUCAGGCAAGUGAGCACAGGGACCCUGCAGGAAGCUGGUGAGAGAGUUUAUGUAGGGGUGCGUUCAGACCACUUCUGUGGUGCUUGGCUAGUAGGUGAUUCUACGAAACCACGAGCCCUGGAGGUUAUUCAGACGAAGGAGCCAGCUACAUGCCUGGUUGUAAGCCCCCAUGUAUCAAAAGAGCUGCUUGUGGCCAGUGAGAGUGGAGCAGUGUAUCUCUGGACUGUGGGAAAAGGACUGACCAAAGUCAGAGAGGAGGACUCUAAUCUCUACUUCAAUGCAAAGUCCGCAUGGCGGUGGUGUGAGUUCUCUGCUCACCCUAGAGUCAUGGUCUACACUGACCGAACGGGAGCUGACCUUACAGACUUCAGGACCAGUGAAAAUCAAAGUUACACCUUAUUUCGCAUUGGCAAGGUCUCUGAGGCCAAGCGAGGGGAGAGAGUAAUCAUGUCACGGUAUCUCAGUGAGGUACAUGCCUACCACCAUCUUGUUACCACUCAGUAUUCAGCUUACAUCAUGGAUGAGCGUAUGCCAUCUGUGCCCAUGCUGAAAUGGGACCACUUCAUGGAGAGCCCUCCCAUGUUCGCUCAUGUCUUGCCUGGAACUUCACCUCGGAGGAAUAACCAGCUGCUGUUGGGCUCUCAGAAGACCCAGGAGCUAAUGAUGUUGCAGUACUCAGGUGGCCGUGAAGAAGCCUGUGCAGCCCGAGGUCCCCAUCACAAACUACUCAGCCCUAGUGAGACUCUGCCCCACCUGCCUGUCAGAUUACCUCACAAAAACCAGACCGCUCAGGAGAGGCUGUCUCUGCCAGCUGCUGGCCUGACGGCCAUCCAGAGCAGCCAGCAUCUCUGUGUGUUGCAGCUCACUGCAGCCGGAGACGUGUUCUACCAGACCCUCGGGCUGUGCUCGGAAGGCCUUGCAGAGGAUUCCUCUCGGUCCUCUGAAAGGCAUGAGGCGGAGGAGGGUGGAGACAGAUGCCAACCUCCUGUAUCUAGUGAUUGUUCAGAUGAAGAUUCCGAACCCAGCCAGAGGAGAUCUCCUGGUGGUUUUGAGGUGGUAGCCAAUGUCAGCGCAGAGCAUCUUUCCACUUCAGAUUUGGAGAAUGAAUGUGGUCAGCAACUUACCCAAUCUUUAGGCUCGUCUGUCCAGCCCCCUGUUAUGGCCGCCAGUCUCCCAAGCACCCGGUUGCAGCUCAACAAGGAAGUACUUCGCGAGUGGAAUGAGUGGCUUUCCGGUCUAGAUAGUUUGCCGGCCCCGAAGUCACACUUCUCACAUUGUACAAAACACACCAGGGACAUGGGCGUCUAUGUUAAUCUUCAGAGCGACCCACUUAAGGAACCCAGAUGGCAGAGUGUGCAGCAGGACCUGAGGAGGAGCAUGAGCAGGGGGGAGAUUCUUGUCCACUCAUCCACCCACUUGCCUCCACUCACCAUCACCCCUGUCCCUGGAGUGCUGGAGCCCUCGGAGUGGACCGACGACCUGAGCCAGAGACUGAGCGAGGCGUGGCAGGGCCGGUGGAGGCAGUGGUGGGAGGACAAGCUGGGCCUGAACCGGGAGCAGAAGCGGGAGGCCCUGCGCCAGAAGCGUCGGCAGGAGAAGGCCAAGGGACGUCGCCGCGUGUCACUCGCCAGGAGUUUCACCUCCUCCGUCAGCUACCAGUCUGACUCGGAACUUUCUGGAAUUUCCAGCCAAAACCUGGGCUCUGAUUGGGACGAAGACGUAACACGCCGUCCUGGUUCCAGUAAAAGUGGAGCGCUCUCACCAGAGCUCACAAUCACCUCAAAUCUGAGUUUAGGGAAACCUCUUUUCCAGAGCACACAGUCAUCAGAGCCGCUGCCGGUCAACACCCCUCACCUUUCCGCUGCAGCGCAGGAGUCUCCCCUAGUGGAGUCGUCUGAAUUCCCUCCGCUCCUCCUGUCCGCUGAACCCAGCCGGCCUUCCAUGCUGGGCUCGGCCCAGAAGAGACCCAAACGGACAGAGCAGGAUCUUUUGCAGUCUCUGUUUAGCUCUCAGGAGGCAAGUCAGGCUCUGCUUGAGGAGAGCUCCCUCUCUAUGAUGGCCCCGUCCUCCCAGCUUUCCAGCUUCUCCUCCUCCCAACGACCCCCUCAGAUCCGGGCGUCCCUCUCACAAGCCUCCCUGCCUAAGAAAAAGAAGACACGCAUGGGCUUCUAAUGAGAACGACAGUGCGUUUUGUAAUGCCCCCCUCCGGGAUAGUUGGAAGCUCUGGGACACUGUAGUAGCUGCUGUGCAGGUUCUGCGCAGUGCGUCGGGAGACGAUCCACACCAGCUUCUUGUGAUCGGGCUUGCUGCAUUCCGGUGAGGAGUAUUCUGAUAUGCACUGGGCCACAAGUCCUCUCCAGUGCUGCAGCUCAGACUCUGAGAUCUGGUGGUGGGGGGGGUACACAGCCAAGACGUCACAACACUGGACACCCACUUACAUAAGACUACACCCUUCCAGCCAUCAAUCAGCAGAUAUGUAAGUGGAUAGCUGGCUGGCUGGGCCGAACAGGAAACUAUGUUGAGCCUUAAAAGAAUGAACUUUUGAGAGCUGGUUGGUUGUCAUCAAACAAUCUCAAGAACUUCACAUCAGGUUGUUGCUUUAUUGGAUAUUUCAUGUUUAAUUCUUUAUGGGCUCUGUCAGUUGUAGAAAUGGUGUGUACUGAUAUUGAAUGUGUUGCUGUUAUAUGAAGUCACAGCUAAAACCCUCAGGUUAAUUAGUUUGUUAAGGCACCAAUGCUUGACCCAAAUCCCUCAACUGUCCAAGGAAGUGUGUGUUUGCUAACCUUUAAGUGCCUCUGGAUGCGCUGAGCAAUCUCCAGCAUGUCAACAGACUGCAAAGCCUCAAUCUCCAGGGUGAGGAGCGAGAGCGCCAGCACGGACGGCUGAAACGAGAUAGAGAUGGGGAUUAAUUAAUUAAGUUAUUCUUUCUUAAGUGUGUCACAGGGCCACAAGUGAUGUGAUGAGGAAUCUUACUUUAGCUUUGGAAAAGACAAUGCGGCAAAGACAGGCUUUCAGCUGCGCCUCCAGCUUGUCUUGGUUCAGGACUUCCUUCCUAUUUAAACAGAGAGGGAAAAUGGCCUUCUGUGAACCUAAUACAGCCAAGAGUAAUACAUAUAGGCAGCUUUUUUUUGACUCAAGACUGUCUGAUGUAAUAGUAUGUUAUCUUGCUAAUGGUGCAGACAUGACAUGAUAAAAUAUUUGUCCUUGUUAUUACAGCAGACUGACCCAUAUAAACACUUGAUGGUUCAAAGUUCAAA